CAGCACUUGAACGCAACAUCAGACUCCAGGUUAGUUAGCAGCAGCGUCUGCAUGUUGGUGUCCCGCUACGGUGUGCUCGGCGUUAUCCACAAAGACACCGUCAUGGGGAAGGUCUUUCCGGGCCGAUACCUCUGUCUGACAACGGACCGAAGCAUAUGAGGCAACGUGGGAACCGUUUUGGUUCGGUCUGCCCACGGCAGAGGGACUCGGCGUUAGACACAAAAGGAACCAUCGAGAGAGAACGACGAUGGUGGGGAGACUAGCAGAGGAGCUCCAAUUGAUUAAAAAUGCAGAAUAACUUUUAAGGCUAUGAAAGAAAAUCAUCAAGUAUGUCGGACCCAAGUCAACCGAGCCAGAACAAGUCCAAUUUUGUUCCCGGAGCCUUGCUGAAGCGCUCAAAAAGCUGCCGCAGCAGCAACAGGAAGAGUCUCUGUGUUGGAACGCCAUCACCCACUCUGUCCCGACCACUCUCCCCACUCUCAGUCCAUACUGCUGCAAGCAGCCCCUUGGACAGUCCUCGAAAUGCGUCGACUAGUGCCUGCCUCAACUUUCCAUUUGCCCGAAGUCACUUGGCUCGUGCGGACAGAGCUGAGGGCCGACGAUGGUCCCUGGCAUCCCUCCCCUCGUCGGGCUAUGGAACCAACCCUCCGAGCUCCACUGUUUCAUCUUCCUCUUCCUCCCAAGAGCGCCUUCAUCAGCUUCCCUACCAGCCAACACAAGACGAGUUGCACUUCCUUUUCAAACACUUCCGCAGCACUGACAGUAUAACCGACGAGGAUGGGCGGCCCACGACCGUCAUACGACCUCGCUCACGGAGCCUCAGCCCUGGCCGAUCAAGCGUCUCCAUUGACAAUGAGAUAGUCAUGAUGAACCAUGUAUACAGAGAGCGAUUUCCAAAGGCCACAGCCCAGAUGGAGGAGCGAUUGUUGGAAAUUGUCACCCACUGUUCUCCAGACAGCUCCCUCCCGCUGGCCGACGGGGUGCUGGGCUUCAUCCAGCACCAGUUGGUCGAGCUGGUCCGUGACUGUUUGGAGAAGUCCCAGAAAGGGCUGGUUACAUCCCGCUACUUUGCUGAACUGCAGGAGAAGUUGGAAAAGCUGCUUCACGAGGCCUACGAGCGAUCGGAAAGCGAGGAGGUGACUGUCAUCAUCCAGCUGGUGAGGAAGAUCCUCAUCGUAAUCUCUCGACCUGCUCGCCUCCUCGAGUGUCUGGAGUUUGAUCCGGAAGAGUUCUACCACCUGCUUGAAGCAGCAGAAGGUCACGCCAAAGUUGGCCAGGGAAUCAAAUCGGACAUCCCUCGAUACAUCAUAAGCCAGCUGGGCCUGACGCGAGACCUUCUAGAAGACAUGGUGCACCUUGAACAGUAUGAUUACAGUCCUUCAGUGUCCACUGAGCCAGAUGUGGAAAAUAAAACACCCCAGGUGGUGACCCCAACACGGCGGAAACCUUUAGAGAGUGAUUUUGAAACCAUUAAACUCAUCAGUAACGGGGCCUAUGGGGCCGUGUAUCUGGUCCGCCACAAGGAGACCCGCCAGCGGUUUGCCAUGAAGAAGAUAAAUCGUCAGAACCUCGUCCUGAGGAACCAAAUCCAGCAGGCGUUUGUGGAGAGAGACAUCUUGACUUUUGCCGAGAACCCCUUCGUUGUGUCCAUGUUCUGUUCUUUCGAGACAAGACGUCACCUCUGCAUGGUCAUGGAGUAUGUGGAGGGUGGAGAUUGUGCCAACUUGUUGAAGAACAUGGGUCCACUGCCUGUUGAAAUGACAAGGAUGUACUUUGCUGAAACCGUCCUGGCCCUGGAGUACCUUCACAAUUAUGGCAUUGUGCACCGAGAUCUAAAACCUGACAAUUUGCUGAUCACAUCCAUGGGUCACAUCAAGCUAACAGACUUUGGCCUGUCAAAAAUUGGCCUGAUGAACAUGACCACCAACCUCUAUGAGGGUCACAUGGAGAAAGACACGAGGGAGUUUGUUGACAAACAGGUGUGUGGCACCCCAGAGUACAUUGCCCCAGAGGUGAUUCUCAGGCAGGGAUAUGGAAAGCCAGUAGACUGGUGGGCCAUGGGGAUCAUCCUCUAUGAGUUCUUGGUCGGGUGUGUUCCGUUUUUUGGCGACACUCCGGAGGAGCUUUUUGGCCAAGUUGUCAGUGAUGAAAUCAUUUGGCCUGAAGGAGACGAUGCCCUACCAACUGAUGCUCAGGACAUGAUCACCCAUCUGCUGAGGCAAAGCCCUCUAGAAAGACUAGGAACUGGCGGUGCCUCGGAGGUCAAACAACACGCCUUCUUUGUGGAUCUGGACUGGAAUGGACUAUUACGACAGAAAGCUGAAUUCAUCCCUCAGCUAGAUGCAGAGGACGAUACCAGCUAUUUUGACACUCGAUCAGAACGUUAUCAUCAUAUGGCAUCCGAUGAGGAUGAAGAAACCAAUGAUGAAGAGUCUUCCCUGGAAAUUAGGCAGUUUGCCUCCUGGUCGCAUCGUUUCAGCAAGGUUUACAGCAGCACAGAACAUCUGGCCACACCGUCCAACCUGAGCUUCUCUUCUGACCGCAGUCACAGUGAGGACAAAGAGGACCGUGGGGAAGUUGGAGGGCACAGCCCCUCUGCAGGCCCAGCAGACGGCGUUCUUGAGCCCAGGCUUCCUGGGCGCAUGGCCAGCCUUUGCCCCCGGCUGUCACCCAGCUCCUCCCAGUCUGAAAGGAGCAGCAGCCCACUGGUGAUGAGCAGCACUCACAGCUUGGAGAUGAUGCCCCGCUUUGCUGUCUCGACGGACGACGAGGCUGAGGUGGUCGUUUCCAAACUCCGGAGAAUCAGGAUACGCAGCAACAGCACCGGGGCCAAACACUCCUCCCCCAAAGAGCCAGCUGGCCCACGACGUUUUGGUAACCAGCUGGAGACACCAGACAGACAGAGGCUCCCGUGCGGAGGAAAGGUUCCCAAGUCUGCAUCUGUCUCAGCUCUGUCUCUUAUCAUUACCACAGAUGACUCCCCUAUUGGCCUCCAGGCCAGUCCCAUCUCCCCACGAUCACUGUCCUCCAACCCCUCCUCUCGUGACUCCUCCCCCAGCCGGGACCUGUCCCUCAGUCCUGGUAGCUUCAAGCCGCCCAUCAUCAUUCAUACUUCUGGCAAGAAGUAUGGCUUCACUGUGCAGGCCAUCCGCGUCUACAUGGGCGACAGCGACGUCUACACGGUGCAUCACAUGGUGUCGAGUGUGGAUGAAGGCAGCCCAGCCUACCAGGCAGGUCUUCGCACUGGAGACCUCAUCACUCAUGUGAACGGAGAGUCCGUCCAAGGCCUGGUUCACACCGAGAUGAUUGAACUUCUGUUGAAGAGCGGCAGCAAGGUGGCGCUCCAGACCAUCGCGCUUGAGAACACAUCCAUCAAAGUUGGUCCGGCUCGAAAGACAAAACACAAAGGCAAGAUGGCCCGUCGGAGCAAGAAGAGCAGGAGGAGGGAUAACUAUGAUAGGAGACGCAGCAUCUUGAAGAAGUUAUCCAAGCAGAGCACAGUCAUGCACAGCAGUCGGAGCUUCUCGUCAGGGCUCCACCAUUCAGUUUCAUCCAGCGAGAGUCUUCCAGGAUCGCCAACACACAGCCUCUCUCCCGGCCCCUCAACCCCCUGCCGAAGCCCCGCACCAGACCAUCAGGCCUUUGACAAUAACUCUCCUCAGAGCACAUCCCCUUGCUCCAGUUCUCCCAGUUCCCCUGCAGCACACAUCAGGCCCAGCUCCCUCCACGGUUUGGGCUCCAAGCUCAGCACUCAGCGCUACACCAAGGUCGGCCGCCGGAAGUCAACCAGCAACAUCCCGCCUUCGCCGCUCGCCUGCUCCUCAUCCUCAGCACAGCCACUUUCUCCACAGCGCUCCCCGUCGCCGCUGCCAGGCUUUGCCAAAACACUUCACUUCCACGGCAAAACCCUGUCGCCACCGACUAUUGUUAGGCACGUUGUACGGCCUCGCAGCGCGGAACCGCCUCGAUCGCCGCUCCUCAAGAGAGUCCAGUCAGCUGAGAAACUGUCUGGAAUGUACCAUGCUGAUAAGAAGUCAUACACCCCCCGCAGGCACACCCUGGAAGUGCCGUUUUACGGUGAGGGGGAGCUGCUUGUUGACUCAGAAGCCGAGGGGGCCACGUCAGGCUCCCACCUGGGGGUUGACCACAGCAGACUGGGCAGCUACUUGGGCGCCCAGAGGCUGUGGGACUCUGGGCUGGAGCGAUCCGAGCAGCUGGUGGUGAUGCGAAAGCUCAACCUCUCAGAGCGCCGUGACUCCUUCAAAAAGCAGGAGGCGGUGCAGGAGGUGAGCUUUGACGAACCAGAGGAGAAAAGCAGCGGCACGGCAGCGGCGACCGCUUCGACCCCGGUGACUCAAACACAAGCCCGGCAACAGCUGCAGCACAGGACGACUUUGCUGGCCGAGGCUCGACCCCAAAACAGCGAGGAGGCGGAGCUGCCGGGACCCACCGUGAGGAGGUUCACGCUGGUGCCCCAGAUCGCCGUGCAGGGCUCGACGGAGAGCGAGGAGCAGGAUGAGUGGGAGCCGUGCUCAGACGGGGAGGAGGCCCAACAGGAGCUUACAGUCAUGUCAUCACAGCAGCAGCAGCUGGGAGACCUCCUUCACAAUAAGAGCUGCAGUCAGGAAGAAGCCACUUCCACUCAAGUUGGACCGUCGGCAGAGAAGGCCGAGUGCAGACAUGAGAUGGUGAAAAAGUGACAACUCAUCUCACACACAGAGAGGAGGAAUACUUGGAGAUUUUACUUGAAUUUUGUAUUGUAAAUAUUUUUGCUUUGUGGAGCUGCUGCUCUUAUUUAUUACAGUUGGAAAGCAUGACACACUAAGCGGAGAAGAGGGAAGUUCAGCCAAGGCUUCACUUUUUUUGUAUCCAUAAAAUGUGCGUUUUGCCUUUUUGACUUUUUUUUUUUUAAUUUUUUUUUUUUUUUUAAAUAAAUGUCUAUUUUUAAAUAAAUUUCUGUGGUACUAAGUGGUUUGAUAAUGCUGGGAAUUGUUACUGGACCAAAAUGUUCCCCUCCUUGUCAAUGUCAGUUCAGACUUGACCUUCAGCUUCCAUUAGCAACACUUGUAAAGAUGUUGAUGUCCGAAAACCUUUGGUCCACACCGUGGUUGAUUAUUCUCAUCUUCAUACGUAAUAUCAAUCUACAAUCACCAUUACUUGUCUUUUUGCUUUGGACUUCAUCAGCGGGACAUAACCACACCAUCGUCUGCUCAUAGGCUGCAGAAUAUGAUCGCAGUAUGGAUUCAUGGUCAUGACAGUAAUUUUGUAUGUACAUUAAUGGGAGUUGUUGCAAAUCGCAGCACAAUCACAAAGACAUGAUUCUGGCUUUUAUUUGCUGUCAACCAUAUCUUUUCAGUUGGGAUAAUCUGUUGUGUGUUGUAAUCCAAAGAUUUGGAUGUCCUCAUGCUCUGAUGUGCUCCAUGCAAAGCAGGUCUGACAGCAAACGGCCAAAAUGAGGGUUGAUGCCUUCUUUGCAACGGGGAGCUUGCUUCACAAUAUUGGUGAGAAAUGAUGCGUUUGUACGUUUAUUCACACACAAGCUUGUGUGUGUGUGUGUGUGUGUGUGUGUGUGUGAGCGAGCGAGCCACCUUACCUACCAUGAAUAGUGUUGAGAUGUUUACAGCGGGAGUGCACGAAUGUAUUGAGACAUUCAUUUUGUACUACAACUGAAUGUGGAAGGUCAAUGAAAAAUGUGCAAACCCGGGGCUUGUUUGAACAACAGCAUGUGUGUGUUGUACAAAUGUAUAUUUUCAUAUAAACAUGUUCAAGGAUGUGAUAUGCACAAGGACAAUGACGACUAGUAGCACAAGGAGGGAUUUGGGCUGUCAUGUUGCUGUUUAAAGUAACGUUGUUGGGGCUCAGGAGAGGAUGCUCUGAAUUGGACUUUUAUCCCCGAGUACAGUGACGUAGUCUUGGUUAUAUCGAUUUAAACACCCACACCAAAGCUUUUUGCUGAUGUGAAGUCAUUUCCUGUUCAACAUUGUGUUUCUUUUCCCCACCGCAAACCUUAUCAUCGUUGAACUUGCGUUCGUGUCCGCACCGAGCGUGUGAAGGAAUUGUUUACAAACCUGCUACACAAUGUACUGUACAGUUGUUUUUCUCUUGUGUGCUCUAUGAUGAAACUACCCUCUUUCAUACCACAAAUGAAAAUGACACGUAGAUGUUUCAUAUUUGUUUUUUUGGGGGGCGAGGUUUUUGUUUUUUUUGCUGUUCUUUUGUCAAAUCCAGUAAGCUUAAUGCAGAAUCUACAAGCUUAAUGACUUGUGGUGUGUUUACAAGUGCGUAUAAAACAGGGUUAUUGUCAUAUUUUUGGAAUGAGACAAGUGGAUUGCUGGGCUGUAAGUAUACUUUUAGGUUUUGUUCUGCAGGGGACUUUUACCAUCAAACAUUACACUUAAAUAUAGGAUAAUCACAGAGUUAAAACAAAAAAAAAAAGAAAAUAGCAAUGCAAUUCUCUCCAGCUAUAAACACCACAUCAACAGUUAAAUAACAUACGUCAACACCGGGGUUAUAUUUCUUGUUCUGGACGGAAAUUCACCGCAAACAUGGUCACACUACAGAAAUCAUCACUGUGUACAAAAGUAUAGGGACACCCGGCCACUACACCUGCGGGAAAUAGAGGCAUAUCUCAAUAAAUUGGAAUAUGGUGCAAAAUUCACGUCAAGAGACCAAUUAAAGGCUCAGUUUGUUCACUGAUUAGCGUGUGAACUAAAGUGUUUUACAACAUUUUUGCAAGAUCCUGAUUUUGUGGGUUUAUUAGCUGUAAACUGUAAUCAAAAUGAUUAAGACUCUAUACUAGUAAUAUAGUUUUUGAAUUGGACUACUGAAACAAAUGAACUUUUAUAAGAUAUUCUAAUUUAUUGAGAUGCACCUGGACAUGGCUUCCUUCCAGACUAUAAUAUUAGGUAAAAGGUCACUGAUGUGGCGCCUUUCUAGACCAUACCAAAUGUGUCUGAUGGGCAUCCAAGCUUGCCUCCAUGGCACAGCUGGAGCCAUGCAGUUGUCCAAAAAAAGUCCAAGUAAGAUGAAAAAUUAAACUACACGGCUCUAGUACAAAUCUUUAAUCAAUGGAAGAAUUGAAUCCUUUUGAGUAAAUGCUGUGGUCAACACAUAACAGUACUCCAAGUAAGAGGUCAUCAGCACAUGUGAUACUGGCAGUUUAAACUGUAAAUGUGCAUGUGUUCUCCUGUGGACUCUUCUGUUAAGUGCAUGCUGCAUGAGAAAAGCACACAUCUGUAAUACUUGAUUGCAUGGUACAGUAUGUUGGCGGCCUCGCCCAGUACUGUGUUUUUCAUGUGUAAUAAAUAAAAUUUGUAUUUCU